CGAACAAGAGGAGUAUCUAACGGGACAUGCUGACAGACUGAAAUCUAUUACAUUUCUGACUGCUGGUGAGGGUUUUUACUAUACAUUUAUAACUCAUCAUAAGAAUGUGAAUUUUACUCACCAAACUGUUUAUUUUUGCCCCUAAUUGAAUGUAUUUUUUUAUAUGUAGAAUUGCGUUAAUCGAAAUGGUCGAACCACUGACUGGACGGAGCCGCCGGCCGCCACUAGUGGAUACUCAAUAUAUGACAAUGAUGAAGCACAAGGGCUUUACGAGUUAUCUGUGUCCAAGGCCCGAUUCUUUAAAUAAAAUUAUAGCUUAUUACUGCAUACUCCAUUUGGUCUUGCUCGGAACCGGUUUAUUAUUGUUCACUGGAACGGACAAAAUGCAUUUGAUGUAGAAAGUGUUAGAACUAAGUUGGGUUAUAAUAUUGUUGCUAUCGGUGCAGGCUGGGAAAUAGAAUCGGUAAACAGAUGUAGGUCAGCCGACCCAUCAGUAACGGGAAGAGACAGUGAGGAACUUUGAUCGCGCUUGCCAUCAGUUUUGUGUCUGCAUGUGUAGGCUAGGCUGUGUUGUGUUUGUGCACAGCCUGCAGCCAGCGCACAGGCGGCUGGUUUUGUUGCUCACCCACACUCUCCAGAAAGCAAGAUAGAUUAACUACAAUUGUUCUAUUAAAAUGUGAAAUGGGCUACGUUAUUCUGUGAAUGUAGGGCAGUGACAUGUCAAUUAUUAUAAGGUUCACAGACUAUAAUUAACAUAGCCUAUAUCUUUAUGAAUAGAGUAAUAGGCAUAUUGCAUGUUGUAGAGACCAUGCAUGAUCAAGCAAUGUCAGAGUAGGAUUUUUUAGCGUAAUUUUUAGGGCAAUGUGUAACCUGACGUAAUUGAUCUUGCAAUAUUGAUGACCCACCACGAGCUCUCGCGCCAAGAGGCUGUACUUGACUCAUAAAUGGAUAAUGUUGCCCUGCUCAGGAAUUUCGGCAUCCAUAGUAAAAGCUGUGUGUGGGUGUAGAGGGUCUUUAGGGAGACACAUCAACUACAUCCUGGUGGCAGUAGUCAGGAUGUCUCUAGUGACAUUCAAAGGCCCUCAGCUCUCUGAGCUCUGGAGAUGGCUAAUGUGCUGCUAAGGAUCUGAGAGGCUAUAGUGGUUUUGUGUGUGAGUGUGCUUGCACAGGUGCGUUGGCAGAGAAAAGUAAUUUUCCUCUGGCAUUGCAAGUUAUUAGUUUGUCAGAGUAGCCUACAUGCCUGGCGGAGCUAUUCCUGUGUGUUUGUAUUAGGGCUUUACUCUUUCUUUGACUUCCUGCAGUUUCUCACUCUCUCUCUCUCUCCCCACCUCACUAGUGUUUUUUUCUCUCUCGCUCAAACUGUUUUGCAAUGAAAGUCUACAGUAGCCUCAACAGCCCUCUGUAGGGUAGCACUAUGGUGUAGCCGGAGGAUAGCUAGCUUCCGUCCUCCUCUGGGUACAUUGACUUCAAUACAAAACCUAGGUGGCUCAUGGUUCUCACCCCCUUCCAUAGACUUACACAGUAAUUAUAACAAUUUCUGGAGGACCUCCUCCAACUAGGGUUAAAUGGCGGGAACCCGGUUACCGAGAUUUACCGCCCAAAACCACUCCCUUUUCCCGAGAUAAAUAACUGCGAGAAACCGGUAAAUUAUAAUAAAUUAUUAAUAUCAAUAGGGACGUGAAAUGGAACUGUUAAAUUAUAUGCAAUGUCUAAAUAUGUCUUCUCUACGGCCUUCUCUCUGCUCGCUGUAUGAUCAAUCAUCAAUGCUCAUGGUGGGGACAGACAGCCCAUCUCAGUAUGGAGUCCAGUUCACAAUGCAUGUAGACCUACAGUAUCAUCUCAUCAUGGUAACUUUUUCCAUGUGACAGGUAGGCCUACAUUUGCUACAGCAUAGCCUUUGCUACAGUAAUAUAAGGACCGAAUGCGUGUCUAAUUUACACAUCUCCAUCUGGCUUUCGGGGAUCACCUUCUUAAUUUGUUUUUAUUGUAAAGAUUUGUUUUAUUAUUGCAGCUGCAGAGUUUAAUGCGUUUGAGCCAAUCAGUUGUGUUGUGACAAGGUAGGGGUGGUAUACAGAAGAUAGCCCUAUUUGGUAAAAGACCAAGUCCAUAUUAUGGCAAAAACAUCUCAAAUAAGUAAGGAGAAAUGACAGUCCAUCAUUACUUUAAGACAUGAAGGUCAGUCAAUCCGGAAAAUGUAAAGAACUUUGAAAGUUUCUUCAAAUGCAGUCGCAAAAACCAUCAAGCGCUAUGAUGAAACUGGCUCUCAUGAGGACCGCCACAGGAAUGGAAGACCCAGAGUUACCUCUGCUGUAGAGGAUAAGAUCAUUAGAGUUACCAGUCUCAGAAAUUGCAGCCCAAAUAAUGCUUCACAGAGUUCAAGUAACAGACACAUCUCAACUGUUCAGAGGAGACUGCAUGAAUCAGGCCUUCAUGGUCGAAUUGCUGCAAAGAAACCACUACUAAAGAACACCAAUACGAAGAAGAGACUUGCUUGGGCCAAGAAACACGAGCAAUGGACAUUAGACCGGUGGAAAUAUGUCCUUUGGUCUGAUGAGUCCAAAUUUGAGAUUUUUGGUUCCAACCGCCGUGUCUUUGUGAGACACAGAGUAGGUGAAUGGAUGUGUGGUUCCCACCAUGAAGCAUGAAGGAGGAGGUGUGAUGGUGUGGGGGUGCUUUGCUGGUGACACUGUCAGUGAUUUAAUUAGAAUUCAAGGCACACUUAACCAGCAUGGCUACCACAGCAUUCUGCAGCGAUACGCCAUCCCAUCUGGUUUGCGCUUAGUGGGACUAUCAUUUGUUUUUCAACAGGACAAUGACCCAAAACUCACCUCCAGGCUGUGUAAGGGCUAUUUGACCAAGAAGGAGAGUGAUGGAGUGCUGCAUCAGAUGACCUGGCCUCCACAAUCACCCGACCUCAACACAAUUGAGAUGGUUUGGCAUGAGUUGGACCGCAGAGUGAAGGAAAAGCAGCCAACAAGUGCUCAGCAUAUGUGGGAACUCCUUCAAGAUUGUUGGAAAAGCAUUCCCUGUGAAGCUGGUUGAGAGAAUGCCAAGAGUGUUCAAAGCUGUCAUCAAGGCAAAGGGUGGCUACUUUGAAGAAUCUAAAAUCUAAAAUAUAUUUUGAUUUGUUUGACACUUUUUUGGUUACUACAUGAUUCCAUAUGUGUUAUUUCAUAGUUUUGAUGUCUUCACUAUUAUUCUACAAUGUAGAAAAUUGUAAAAAUAAAGAAGACCCCUUGAAUGAGUAGGUGUCCAAACUUUUGACUGGUAGUGUUUACCUCAUUACUAUUUAUACAGUAUUCAAGGGUUUUCUUUAUCUCUCCUUAAAAAACGCUCCUUAGCUCUUGGAGUCCCAUGCAGGAAACGCUAGACUAGAAUAGCUUGCUGGACAUUUCUUUUUUUUGUUUUUGCAUUUCUUAUACCAAUAGACAAUUCAAAGAGGGACGCAAGCUCUUGUUUUCUGAAUGUUAAAUACAGCAGCCAAUAUUAACCUGCAACAGAUUGGCUAAUGAAACGCUCACCCGGAACUCUGAUUGCACCAGCAAACUGUCAAUCAACGCAGGUCGGGUGAGCUAGCCAACAGAUUGCUAAUUUGCUGUACAGUUAUGGGAUCAGGUGCAGCGAAAACGUCAAAUUGUAGGAAGAGAGGAUUGCCAUAGUAAAUAAAUAUGCAGCUCCAAAAAUUGUUUGGUGAUCAAGAGUAUUAACUGUUUACUUUGCAAGCUCACCAGCAAUGUGGCAACAAUUAGUAGCACAGGCCUACUGGUCUUUGGUAUGUAACAAUUGCUUUAAAUUAAUAAUUAACUUAUGAAGCUUGAAUUUGGAAUUUGUUGUUAAAAUUAAUUAUUACUAUGGCGAAGACGCACCAUAGCGCUGCUCUUCACUUGCGCUCUCCAAACUCCCGCCAGUGGAGAAUGCUUUUUUUCUCUUGUUAAAAUGUUUGCUGUUGCUUUCACACCUUUAAAUACAUAGGCCUUAUGUGGGAAAUCUAUAUUCCAUCUAAUACUACAAUAACUGCUAGCGUUUCAUCAUUCCAUCCCCUUACCGUUCAUUGCAACGCGUAGACAUUUCUGUUUCACGUUUGAUAGGCCUGAGAUACAUUUUCAUUUAGCCAACCAUUUGUUAACCUGAUCUGAUUGGGCGUGAUUUUUAUAGUGCACAUGCACAUGCACAUGCACGUUCGCAAGACUCAUGAGGUGAAAGUUCUGUUUAUUUAAUUCAAUGUAUGGUUUCCUUUGUUCAUAUUUUCCGGGUUAUGUCGGAGUUCCGUGUGUCUGUGUCCAAUGUCUCUGUCAUUCUGGUUGUGCAUAAUAGGAGCGGGCGGGCGCGCGCCUCAGUUCACAUAGAAAUAGGCUACGUGGCCUGCGCUCCACGCUUUGGAGUCAGAACGUUGAAUAAGACAAAAUCAUUGUUCCAUUUAUGCAUGGUGUUGAAAUAUAAUUAAUAAUCAUUAAGUCUGAUUAAGACUAAUGUACCAGUGAAUGUGGAAAUUGCCUUUUACAUUGUAGAAACAGUUUAUUGGUUGUAAUUGCCCAUUGGGUAAUUGUAUGGUCCUGGGGGCCAGGUGCUUAUAUUAUGUAGGCCUAACUGUUUGAGCUCCUGUGUUUGACAGAUUUGAUUUUUGGUUUCUUGCCCUCUACCAGUGUCCGUUCAGAUUAGGUUAAGCCUGAUACAGAGUAUAUUUCUUUUGGGCUAUUGCCCGUGUAUAUUUGGUCAAUUUACUAUAUUUUGUAUAACAUGGCACUUUCACCAUUGGAUCACCAAGACCUGUAAAUAAAUCUACACUCUGAGCAUGUCAACCUGCCUUGCAUUUCCUAAAAAAUGAAGGAGAAGCGAGAGAGAGAGAGCUAGCUAUAUUUUGUAGUAUUUUUUUCACUUAUUUAGCUAGCUACAGUGAGGGAAAAAAGUGUUUGAUCCCCUGCUGAUUUUGUACGUUUUCCCACUGACAAAGAAAUGAUCUGUCUAUAAUUUUAAUGGUAGGUUUAUUUGAACAGUGAGAGACAGAAUAACAACAAAAAAAUCCAGAAAACGUAUGUCAAAAAUGUUAUAAAUUGAUUUGCAUUUUAAUGAGGGAAAUAAGUAUUUGACCCCUCUGCAAAACAUGACUUAGUACUUGGUGGCAAAACCCUUGUUGGCAAUCACAGAGGUCAGACGUUUCUUGUAGUUCCUUGGAGAGCUCUUUGGUCUUGGCCAUGGUGGAGAGUUUGGAAUCUGAUUGAUUGAUUGCUUCUGUGGACAGGUGUCUUUUAUACAGGUAACAAGCUGAGAUUAGGAGCACUCCCUUUAAGAGUGUGCUCCUAAUCUCAGCUCGUUACCUGUAUAAAAGACACCUGGGAGCCAGAAAUCUUUCUGAUUGAGAGGAGGUCAAAUACUUAUUUCCCUCAUUAAAAUGCAAAUCAAUUUAUAACAUUUUUAACAUUCGUUUUUCUGGGUUUUUUGUUGUUAUUCUGUCUCUCACUGUUCAAAUAAACGUACCACCAGGUUUGCACACAUCUCAGGAGGCAUUUUGUCCCACUCCUCUUUGCAGAUCUUCUCCAAGUCAUUAAGGUUUCGAGGCUGACGUUUGGCAACUCGAACCUUCAGCUCCCUCCACAGAUUUUCUAUGGGAUUAAGGUCUGGAGACUGGCUAGGCCACUCCAGGACCUUAAUGUGCUUCUUCUUGAGCCACUCCUUUGUUUCCUUGGCCGUGUGUUUUGGGUCAUUGUCAUGCUGGAAUACCCAUCCACGACCCAUUUUCAAUGCCCUGGCUGAGGGAAGGAGGUUCUCACCCAAGAUUUGAUGGUACAUGGCCCCGUCUAUCAUCCCUUUGAUGCGGUGGAGUUGUUCUGUCCCCUUAGCAGUAAAACACCCCCAAAGCAUAAUGUUUCCACCUCCAUGUUUGAUGGUGGGGAUGGUGUUCUUGGGGUCAUAGGCAGCAUUCCUCCUCCUCCAAACACGGCGAGUUGAGUUGAUGCCAAAGAGCUCCAAUUUGGUCUCAUCUGCCCACAACACUUUCACCCAGUUCUCCUCUGAAUCAUUCAGAUGUUCAUUGGCAAACUUCAGACGGGCAUGUAUAUGUGCUUUCUUGAGCAGGGGGACCUUGCGGGCACUGCAGGAUUUCAGUCCUUCACGGCGUAGUGUGUUACCAAUUGUUUUCUUGGUGACUAUGGUCCCAGCUGCCUUGAGAUCAUUGACAAGAUCCUCCCAUGUAGUUCUGGGCAGAUUCCUCACCGUUCUCAUGAUCAUUGCAACUCCACGAGGUGAGAUCUUGCAUGGAGCCCCAGGCCGAGGGAGAUUGACGGUUCUUUUGUGUUUCUUUCAUUUGCGAAUAAUCGCACCAACUGUUGUCAUCUUCUCACCAAGCUGCUUGGCGAUGGUCUUGUAGCCCAUUCCAGCCUUGUGUAGGUCUACAAUCUUGUCCCUGACAUCCUUGGAGAGCUCUUUGGUCUUGGCCAUGGUGGAGAGUUUGGAAUCUGAUUGAUUGAUUGCUUCUGUGGACAGGUGUCUUUUAUACAGGUAACAAGCUGAGAUUAGGAGCACUCCCUUUAAGAGUGUGCUCCUAAUCUCAGCUCGUUACCUGUAUAAAAGACACCUGGGAGCCAGAAAUCUUUCUGAUUGAGAGGAGGUCAAAUACUUAUUUCCCUCAUUAAAAUGCAAAUCAAUUUAUAACAUUUUUAACAUUCGUUUUUCUGGGUUUUUUGUUGUUAUUCUGUCUCUCACUGUUCAAAUAAACGUACCAUUAAAAUUAUAGACUGAUAAUUUCUUUGUCAGUGGGCAAACGUACAAAAUCAGUAGGGGAUCAAAUAAUUUUUUCCCUCACUGUAGCUUCCAAGUCAAGGCAAGCUUUUGGUUUUAUUAAUGUAUUGCCACCGGGGACCACCGGUGUAACUGCUAAAGUGCUUGCUGACUGUACACUGUACUGUAUGGUUGUAUCGGGUUUAGUAACGCGUUAGUUCUAUUAACUAUGUUGACUUAAACAUUAGAUAAUAUGGUGACAACGGUGUAGGCUGUGUGUAACGGUUAGCAGUUAUGAUAUGAAGGUUUGGCUUGGAAAAGUUUUUUCGCCUGGUCACAGACAGCUGAUGUGUUGUGCACUGGAUUCCACAAGCGGAGGGAAAAGGUGAGAGAGGAGGAAUUAUGAGCAAAGUGAUCAUGCUGUUUGUAUGUGGCUGCUAUGAAUGUUACCUGUGUUUGCGUGUGAUCAGGGGUGUAUUCAUUCCGCCGAUUCUUAAACGUAAGCAAACGGUACAAAAUAGGGAUAGACAUACCUGAAUUUGGUCCAAUAGAAACUCUCGUUUGCAGCCGUGGGACUAAUGAUUAAACCCUAGAUCAGCUAGGCAAGAGUGUGCAAGGCGGUAUUCAAUGUGUCACUGUCUGUCACCUUGAUUUACAAAAAAUUAUCUUGACCUGUGCACCUACGUUGUAAACUUUCAUUCAUAGGCUAGGUUUUAGCAACCUCAUGAUGGGUAUAGGGAAAUUCGAGUAUCAUGUAGUAGCCUAAAUCUAUCGAUGUUACAUUGAGCUGGGUGAAUGGAAUAUGAAUGACAGUCAUCCAAUAUGCUGUAAUAGAAAUAAUGCCAUGCUCAUAAAGAAAUGUAUCGUCCUCCCUCAUCUUAAACGGCACGACCUCAACUGGUGUAUUUAUUAUUAUUAUUAUUAUUAUUAUUGUUUCAUUCACACCUGCACUGUUGGAGCUCGGCGCUUAAGAAUUUCACUGUAUACGUAAACUACAUCUGCAAACCUGUGCAUGUGACUAAAUAUAAGAAAUCGUAAUCUAACUCUCACUCUCUCUCGCUCUCUCCCACUUUCUCUAUUCCUCUAUUUUUCCAUGUCUCUCUUCCUCCUUUUUCUUCCCCCUCUCUCACUCUUUCUCCCCUCUCUUCCUUUCUGAGUGGAGUGCCCUCUUUUCAGGGGGUGUUAAAAGGAGGUCUGGGAGGGGAGUGGAGGGGGAGGCAUGCAUGGGAGCACUCUGCUGUUGCCGUGUGAACGGAGCUCCAUUGUCCUAGGAACCUUUCAGAGUGGCUUCCCUGAGGCCCCUGCUCAUCCCCUCCCUCACUCACUCACUCUCUAGACACACAGACACACAUUUCCUUUUUCUCGUACACACACACACACACACCAUAUACACACAUUAUUUACCCCCUCACACACACACACGUUCCCUUCCUCUCUCCCACUUUCCUUUAUUUGCCUCCCCUCCCCAACCUCUAAUUAUCUCCCCAUUGUCACACCAGACAAGAACAAAAACAAACUCAUGGCAUAUGUUAACUAUAUGCAGAACUUCCAAGCAGAGCAAACCAACACAUUUCACAGACUAACGUUUUUCUAUAAUAAUGUAGGCCUGGUUCAAUACGCAAAUCAGGAUGCUAUCUCUUUAACAGCAGGCCUAAUUGGCUGUUUUCACUGAGCUUUGUGGCAGCAGAUGAUGGUGCAGUAAUUCUCCUUUGUUGUCCCUUAUUGGUUUGUGGCUGUAAGCAGGGCUUGGCGGGGGGUAUUGGACCGAAGCCAGCUGAGGACUCUGCCGUAACCUUGGGGGGAGGUUGCUACUUGGUGGUCAGAAAUGACUAUUUUCUCUGUCAACACCAUCAAAGGGGGUAGCCUUUGGUUAAGAUUAUUGGGCCAGUAACUGAAAGGUCGCUGGGUCAAAUCCCCAAGCCAGCAAGUUGGAAAAAUCUGCCGUUCUGCCCUUGAGCAAGGCAGUUAACCCCCAACAAUAAUUGCACCCGGGCGCCGAUGACGUGGACAUUGAUUAAGGCAGCCCCCCACACCUCUCUGAUUCAGAGGGAUUGGGUUAAAUGCAGAAGACACAUUUCGGUGGAAUGCAUUCAGUUGUGCAACUGACUAGGUAUCCCCUUCACAAAACCCCCUAUUCAUCAAUGACACACACAGCUUAGCAUACUAGAUCUGAAAAAGAGUGGCUGAGGGGUCAGCUUUGCUGUUGGGUGUAUUGUUCUUCUGCUCCUCUGGGAGGACAGGACGUAGAGAUGUUACACUGUGAGGAACAGGAAGCUGGAGCCGGGCGGAGGCCGUAAAAACAGGAAGCAGGAAGAGGCCCAGAUAAGAUGGCCGCUCCGAUGCUUUCUGAGAUCCCUUUUUCAUCUGCUGUAGAAGCGGCCCUUAGACACAGAUCUAGGAUCAGCUUAGCCUCCUCAGAUCCUGACUUAAACCAUUAUAGGGAAGAUGUAGACCUUAGAUUAGUAUCAAGGAAAGAGCAAUUUAAUCCUUUGUGUCUAGUGAAUGUGUCCAAUUGCAUUGGAGAGUGUGUGUUGGUCUGAACUAUCAAGGGAAUGUGUCUCAGCGUGCACGGCACAGGAGAGUGAGUUUGUGUUUGAACUGUUGACCGUACAUCUGGGGCAGUGGUAAGGCUGGAAAGCAUUAGCUGGACUGUAGCUUAUUUUCUUAAUACCUUAAUCUCUCUGACGUUGGCCUGCUACUGUCUACUACUACUGUCAUGGACGGGUCUGGACCGGUCUGGAAGGGUCACAGUUGUAUGCCCAGUCUUUUUAACCCUGUUUGGAAGAAUAGGAUUGUGCGUUUGUUAGUGUGUGCUAAUAUGUCUGGCCAGUGACUAGCUGUGUGUGUAUCUGUCUCCGUGCAUCGUGGUGUUUAUACUACUUGCCAUAUUUAUUUACAAUAGUUAUAACUUACAACAAAAGUUGUCUGUAAAUACGUUCAUUAUGUAAGUAGAGUGUGUCAUAUAUCAUAUGUAUUGUGUGUCCUGUGGUUCUCUCUAGGUGUGACAGUGUGAGGUGUCACCAUGCCUCUGGUGAAGAGGAACAUCGACCCACGCCACCUGUGCCGGGGGGCGUUGCCAGAGGGCGUUGGCAGUGAGCUGGAGUGUGUGAUGAACAACACCCUCUCCUCCAUCAUCCGCCAGCUCAGCAGCCUGAGUAACACACACGCUCAGAAAACACACAGAUACAGAGCACUAACCACACACUACAAACGACUACAUACGCUUUAUACCAGUGUUUCAACAGUAACAUACAGUGGGGAGAACAAGUAUUUGAUACACUGCCGAUUUUGCAGGUUUUCCUACUUACAAAGCAUGUAGAGGUCUGUAAUUUUUAUCAUAGGUACACUUCAACUGUGAGAGACGGAAUCUAAAACAAAAAUCCAGAAAAUCACAUUGUAUGAUUUUUAAGUAAUUAAUUUGCAUUUUAUUGCAUGACAAGUAUUUGAUACAUCAGAAACGCAGAACUUAAUAUUUGGUACAGAAACCUUUGUUUGCAAUUACAGAGGUCAUACGUUUCCUGUAAGUCUUGACCAGGUUUGCACACACUGCAGCAGGGAUUUUGGCCCACUCCUCCAUACAGACCUUCUCCAGAUCCUUCAGGUUUCGGGGCUGUCGCUGGGCAAUACGGACUUUCAGCUCCCUCCAAAGAUUUUCUAUUGGGUUCAGGUCUGGAGACUGGCUAGUCCACUCCAGGACCUUGAGAUGCUUCUUACGGAGCCACUCCUUAGUUGCCCUGGCUGUGUGUUUCGGGUCGUUGUCAUGCUGGAAGACCCAGCCACGACCCAUCUUCAAUGCUCUUACUGAGGGAAGGAGGUGGUUGGCCAAGAUCUCGCGAUACAUGGCCCAAUCCAUCCUCCCCUCAAUACAGUGCAGUCGUCCUGUCCCCUUUGCAGAAAAGCAUCCCCAAAGAAUGAUGUUUCCACAUCCAUGCUUCACGUUUGGGAUGGUGUUCUUGGGGUUGUACUCAUCCUUCUUCUUCCUCCAAACACGGCGAGUGGACUUUAGACCAAAAAGCUCUAUUUUUGUCUCAUCAGACCACAUGACCUUCUCCCAUUCCUCCUCUGGAUCAUCCAGAUGGUUAUUGGCAAACUUCAGACGGGCCUGGACAUGCGCUGGCUUGAGCAGGAUUUUAAUCCAUGACGGCGUAGUGUGUUACUAAUGGUUUUCUUUGAGACUGUGGUCCCAGCUCUCUUCAGGUCAUUGACCAGGUCCUGCUGUGUAGUUCUGGGCUGAUCCCUCACCUUCCUCAUGAUCAUUGAUGCCCCACGAGGUGAGAUCUUGCAUGGAGCCCCAGACCGAGGGUGAUUGACCGUCAUCUUGAACUUCUUCCAUUUUCUAAUAAUUGCGCCAACAGUUGUUGCCUUCUCACCAAGCUGCUUGCCUAUUGUCCUGUAGCCCAUCCCAGCCUUGUGCCGGUCUACAAUUUUAUCCCUGAUGUCCUUACACAGCUCUCUGGUCUUGGCCAUUGUGGAGAGGUUGGAGUCUGUUUGAUUGAGUGUGUGGACAUGUGUCUUUUAUACAGGUAACCAGUUCAAACAGGUGCAGUUAAUACAGGUAAUGAGUGGAGAACAGGAGGGCUUCUUAAAGAAAAACUAACAGGUCUGUGAGAGCCAGAAUUCUUACUGGUUGGUAGGUGAUCAAAUACUUAUGUCAUGCAAUAAAAUGCAAAUUAAUUACUUAAAAAUCAUACAAUAUGAUUUUCUGGAUUUUCUACAUGCUUUGUAAGUAGGAAAACCUGCAAAAUCGGCAGUGUAUCAAAUACUUGUUCUCCCCACUGUAUGUCAUUGUCAUUUUCCACACCUAUGAAUAACAUGCUUAUGCUGCUCAUGUUGUAUUGAUCCUCACUGUAUGAGACAUGGUAAUUCCCAAGUGAGUUAACCCUAUUGGCGCAAUGGGUAGGGUGUUUGCCUUGCGACCCAGGUUCGUUUCCCUGCCCCGCUGUUCAUUAAAUAUUAUACUAUUAUAUACUCGCAUAAAAUACUCUCUCAUCACCAUCUAUCUCAUAGUCACCAUGCUGCUGUGCACACUGCACAGUCCUGUUUGACAUUGUGAGAAGACAUGAUGAUAUAGUGAUGUUUAAUCCUGGAGCAGAGAUUGAUUUGUCAGUGUUCAGUGAAACAGGAUCAGAGCUAGAGGUCUCUAGGUCAAGACUCUGUCAUCAUAGACCCACAGGAGGAUGUAAUCCUGUUUAGAUAUUUCCGCAAUAAUACAUUCAGUGUGUGUGUGCUGCGGUAUAUUCAACAGAGUGACUAUGACCUAAGGGGGAAUAGCCUGAAUACCAUGACACGACCCAUAUAAUGUCCUGUCGAAUAUAUUGAGAUAUUCUUUCCUCGCUUAUACCCAGUAUCCAACCACCACAGCUCCACCUCUCGCUCUCUCUCGACCCUCGCUUUCUUGCUUUCUCCAUCUUGCUCAUACUCUGUUUUCCUCCCUCCCCCAAAUCUUUCUCUCUUUCUCUCUCUCUCUCUCUCUCUCUCUCUCUCCUCUCUCUCUCUCCUCUCUCCUCUCUCUCUCUCUCUCUCUCUCUCUCUCUCUCUGUCAUUGUGAGAGUUGUUGUGGUGGGAGUGGAACUUUCAGCAGCUGCUGUGUGGGUUAAAUAUAAAUGACUGGAAGCCCUGAGCUAGGGACAGGAGCUGUGUGUGUGUGUACACGUAUCCGUGUGUGUGUGUUGAUGCAGUAUGUCCAGUGAGUGUGUGCGUGUGGAGGUGGACUGAAUGUCAGAACCAUGAAGAGAGGUCAGAGUUGAUGGACCUCAGCAUGCUAGAUCUCCCUUCCUUCCUUCCUUCCUUCCUCUAAAUAUUUAUCCAGAGGUCAUCCUGUCAGUAUGGUGACAGAAAUAGUCUAUAUUUUGCGUGAGCAUGCGCGCACUGUGUGUGAGUGUGUGUGCAUUCAUGCAUUCAUGCGUGGGUUUGCGUCUGACACACAAAAGUUUAGAGUUGUUAAAACGUAUUGACGCCUGAACUAAACAGACUUGCUCUAGCAAAGAUUGAUUGCUGUGGAUUUUUACUCUAGGUCCUCACAUUACGGUGGUCAAUUUCUUGGUUCAGUUUGUUACCAGAAGAAUGGUAGAAAGAGAUUUGAUAGUCCCAAUCAUUAAGUCCAUCUCAAUUGGUUGCCCCUACCUGUCUGACUCUGGUGUGGUUGCUGUCUUUAGGAUUGACUGUGUCUGGUUAUUGCUUGGUCCUGUUCAAAUCUACAUACUAUAAUAAUCUGCAUUUAUUACAUUUGGAAAGCGCUUUUCAUUAUACAAGAAUAAUCCCAAAGUACAUCAAAUAAAAUAGAAAAUAGAAAAAUAGUUUUAAAAAACAACUAUAUAAACUCAGCAAGAAAAGAAACGUGCUCUAACUGUCAACUGCAUUUAUUUUCAGCAAACUUAACAUGUGUAAAGAUUUGUAUGAACAUAACAAGAUUCAACAACUGAGACAUAAACUGAACAAGUUCCACAGACAUGUGACUAACAGAAAUUGAAUAAUGUGUCCCUGAACAAAAGGGGGGGUCAAAAUCAAAAGUAACAGUCAGUAUCUGGUGUGGCCACCAGCUGCAUUAAGUACUGCAGUGCAUCUCCUCCUCAUGGACUGCACCAGAUUUGGCAGUUCUUGCUGUGAGAUGUUACCCCACUCUUCCACCAAGGCACCUGCAAGUUCCCAGACAUUUCUGGAGGGAAUGGCCCUAGCCCUCACCCUCCGAUCCAACAGCUCCCAGACGUGCUCAAUGGGAUUGAGAUCCGGGCUCUUUGCUGGCCAUGGCAGAACACUGACAUUCCUGUUUUGCAGGAAAUCACGCACAGAACGAGCAGUAUGGCUGGUGGCAUUGUCAUGCUCGAGAGUCAUGUCAGGAUGAGCCUGCAGGAAGGGUACCACAUGAGGGAGGAGGAUGUCUUCCCUGUAACACACAGCGUUGAGAUUGCCUGCAAUGACAACAAGCUCAGUCCGAUGAUGCUGUGACACACCGCCCCAGACCAUGACGGACCCUCCACCUCCAAAUCGAUCCCGCUCCAGAGUACAGGCCUCGGUGUAACGCUCAUUCCUUCGACGAUAAACGCGAAUCCGACCAUCACCCCUGGUGAGACAAAACCGCGACUCGUCAGUGAAGAGCGCUUUUUGCCAGUUCUGUCUGGCCCAGCAACGGUGGGUUUGUGCCCAUAGGCGACGUUGUUGCCGGUGAUGUCUGGUGAGGACCUGCCUUACAACAGGCCUACAAGCCCUCAGUCCAGCCUCUCUCAGCCUAUUGCGGACAGUCUGUGCACUGAUUGAGGGAUUGUGCGUUCCUGGUGUAACUCGGGCAGUUGUUGUUGCCAUCCUGUACCUGUGUGAUAUUCGGACGUACCGAUCCUGUGCAGGUGUUGUUACAUGUGGUCUGCCACUGCGAGGAUGAUCAGCUGUCCGUCCUGUCUCCCUGUAGCGCUGUCUUAGGCGUCUCACAGUAUGGACAUUGCAAUUUAUUGCACUGGCCACAUCUGCAGUCCUCAUGCCUCCUUGCAGCAUGCCUAAGAUACGUUCACGCAGAUGAGCAGGGACCCUGGGCAUCUUUCUUUUGGUGUUUUUCAGAGUCAGUAGAAAGGCCUCUUUAGUGUCCUAAGUUUCCAUAACUGUGACCUUAAUUACCUACCAUCUGUAAGCUGUUAGUGUCAUAACGACCGUUCCACGGGUGCAUGUUCAUUAAUCGUUUAUGGUACAUUGAACAAGCAUGGGAAACAGAGUUUAAACCAUUACAAUGAAGAUCUGUGAAGUUAUUAGGAUUUUUACAAAUUAUCUUUGAAAGACAGGGUCCUGAAAAAGGGACAUUUCUUUUUUUGCUGAGUUUAUAUAUAUAUAAUACAGUUCAAAAGUUUUAGAACACCUACUCAUUCAAGGGUUUUUCUUUAUUUUUACUAUUUUCUACAUUGUAGAAUAAUAGUGAAGACAUCAAAACUAUGAAAUAACACAUAUGGAAUCAUGUGGUAACCAAAAAAUUGUUAAACAAAUCAAAAUAUAUUUUAUGUUUGAGAUUCUUCAAAUAGCCACCCUUUGCCUUGAUGACAGCUUUGCACACUCUUGGCAUUCUCUCAACCAGCUUCACCUGGAAUGCUUUUCCAUCAGUCUUGAAGGAGUUCCCACAUAUGCUGAGCACUUGUUGGCUACUUUUCCUUCACUCUGUGGUCCGACUCAUCCCAAACCAUCUCAAUUUGGUUGAGGUCGGGGGAUUGUGGAGACCAGGUCAUCUGAUGCAGCACUGCAUCACUCUCCUUCUUGGUAAAAUAGCCCUUACACAGCCUGGAGGUGUGUUGGGUCAUUGUCCUGUUGAAAAACAAAUGAUAGUCCCACUAUGCCCAAACCAGAUGGGAUGGCGUAUCGCUGCAGAAUGCUGUGGUAGCCAUGCUGGUUAAGUGUGCCUUGAAUUCUAAAUAAAUCACAGACAGUGUCACCAGCAAAGCACCCACACACCAUAACACCUCCUCCUCCAUGCUAUACGGUGGGAAAUACACAUGCGGAGAUCAUGCGGAAAUCUCAAAUUUGGACUCCAGACCAAAGGACAAAUUUCCACCGGUCUAAUGUCCAUUGCUCGUGUUUCUUGGCCCAAGCAAGUCUCUUCUUCUUACUGGUGUCCUUUAGUAGUGGUUUCUUUGCAGCAAUUCGACCAUGAAGGCCUGAUUCACACAGUCUCCUCUGAACAGUUGAUGUUGAGAUGUGACUGUUACUUGAACUCUGUGACGCAUUUAUUUGGACUGCAAUUUCUGAGGCUGGUAACUCUAAUGAACUUAUCCCCUGCAACAGAGGUAACUCUGGGUCUUCCAUUCCUGUGGCGGUCCUCAUGAGAGCCAGUUUCAUCAUAGUGCUUGAUGGGUAUUGCGACUGCACUUGAAGAAACGUUCAAAGUUCUUGACAUUUUCCGUAUUGACUGACCUUCAUGUCUUAAAGUAAUGUUGUUUCUCUUUGCUUAUUUGAGCUGUUCUUGCCAUAAUAUGGACUUGGUCUUUUACCAAAUAGGGCUAGCUUCUGUAACCCCCCCCCCCCCCCCCCCCCCCACCUUGUCAUAACACAGCUGAUUGGCUCAAAUGCAUUAAGAAGGAAAUAAAUUCCACAAAUUAACUUUUAGCAAGGCACACCUGUUAAUUGAAAUGCAUUCCAGGUGACUACCUCAUGAAGCUGGUUGAGAGAAUGCCAAGAGUGUGCAAAGCUGUCAUCAAGGCAAAGGGUGGCUACUUUGAAGAAUCUCAAACAUAAAAUAUAUUUUGAUUUGUUUAACACUUUCUUUUGGUUACUACAUGAUUCCAUAUGUGUUAUUUCAUAGUUUUGAUGUCUUCACUAUUAUUCUACAAUGUAGAAAAUAGUAAAAAUAAAGAAAAACCCUUGAAUGAGUUGGUGUGUCCAAACUUUUGACUGGUUGUGUGUGUGUGUGUGUGUGUGUGUGUGUGUGUGUGUGUGUGUGUGUGUGUGUGUGUGUGUGUGUGUGUGUGUGUGUGUGUGUGUGUGUGUGUGUGUGUGUGUGUGUGUGUGUGUGUGUGUGUGUGUGUGUGUGUGUGUGUGUGUGUGUGUGUGUGUGUGUGUGUGUGUGUGUGUGUGUAUGUCUAACCAUAUCAUGAAUGCAACGAUCAAAGUCUAGGAGGAAGGGUAGGCCAUCCGAUAGAGAUGAGUCUUAAGGCUUUAAAAGCCCCAACAGUCUGAACAGCCCUUAGAUUAUCUGGAAGGGAGUUCCAUAGGCGUGGUGCAUGGGAGGACAAGGCACUGUCCCCCAUUGUGCGGAGCCUGGUCCUGGGGGCAUGAUCCAGUUUGGUGUGGCUUGAACGUAGGGUGGGUUGCCGUUCAUAGGGGGAGAGUAGGUCUGACAGGUAGGCGGGUCCGAUGCCAUUUAGGGCUUUGUAGAAGAGGAGGAGAAUUCUAUAGUAAUUUCUUUGAGGAACAGAAAGCAAAUGGAGAUCAGCAAGGAUGGGGGUGAUGUGGGAAUACUUUUUUGUUUGUGUCAGAUUCUUUGCGGCACUGUUUUGUAUGAGCUUACUAAUUGAAUUUGCAGGCAGGCUCCCCAAGUACUGCGUUCUCAUAAUCAAUUCUGGAGAAAAUGAAUGCAUGGAUUAGCUUUUCUGCGUCAGAUGCAGGGCCGUAGCCAGGAUCUGAGUUUUCGUGAAAUUUUAAGACAGUUGAAGCUCAUUUACUGCAUUUCUGUACAGUUUAAACACUUUAAAAUGCUAUUUGGAGAACAGCAAAAACAAGCAGAAUUGACCCCGGCCAUUAUCACCUUGGCUGCUUUAGGUUCAUUCACCUCAGUUCGUCUACAAACACAUAGCCUAUUAGCUAUACAAUUAGCCACUACACAUUAACUUACAUUAACUCCGCACUGGGAUUAAAAACGACCAUUUAAUAAAUACAGAGGAAUCUGUUAGCGGAAAAAAUAUUAUUUUAACAAAAUUUUGUUUUUGCAGUUUUACAGCAAAUUUUCUGCAAUUCUACACAUUUUACAUUUACAUAAUUUAGCAGACGCUCUUAUCCAGAGCGACUUACAAAUUGGUGCAUUCAACUUAUGAUAGCCAGUGGGACAACCACCCUUUUUAUUUUAUUUUUAUUUUUUAUUUUUUUAAUGGUGGGCGGGUAGAAGGAUUACUUUAUACUAUUCCAGGUAUUCCUUAAAGAGGUAGGGUUUCAAGUGUCUCCGGAAGGUGGUCAGUGACUCCGCUGUCCUGGCGUCGUGGGGGAGCUUGUUCCACCAUUGGGGUGCCAGAGCAGCGAAUAGCUUUGACUGGGCUGAGCGGGAACUGUGCUUCCGUAGAGGUAGGGGAGCUAGCAGGCCAGAGGUGGAUGAACAUAGUGCCCUCGUUUGGGUGUAGGGUCUGAUCAGAGCCUGAAGGUACGGAGGUGCCGUUCCCCUCACAGCUCCGUAGGCAAGCACCAUGGUCUUGUAGUAGAUGCGAGCUUCAACUGGAAGCCAGUGGAGUGUGCGGAGGAGCGGGGUGACAUGAGAGAACUUGGGAAGGUUGAACACCAGACGGGCUGCAGCGUUCUGGAUAAGUUGUAGGGGUUUAAUGGCACAGGCAGGGAGCCCAGCCAACAGCGAGUUGCAGUAAUCCAGACGGGAGAUGACAAGUGCCUGGAUUAGGACCUGUGCCGUUUCUGUGUAAGGUAGGGUCGUACUCUGCGAAUGUUGUAGAGCAUGAACCUGCAGGAUCGGGUCACCGCAUUGAUGUUAGCGGAGAAUGACAGGGUGUUGUCCAGGGUCACGCCAAGGUUCUUUGCACUCUGGGAGGAGGACACAAUGGAGUUGUCAACCGUGAUGGCGAGAUCAUGGAGCGGGCAGUCCUUCCCUGGGAGGAAGAGCAGCUCCGUCUUGCCGAGGUUCAGCUUGAGGUGGUGAUCUGACAUCCACACUGAUAUGUCUGCCAGACAUGCAGAGAUGCGAUUCGCCACCUGGUUAUCAGAAGGGGGAUAACCAGACUUAUGCCAUGUUAAUAUGAUAUCUGAGUGAGAGUGGCUAACAAAAUCAGUGGGGUCCCCCUGGAGGUCAGGGACCCCUGGGCACGUGCCUUACGUGCCCGGUUGGUAAUUAGGCCAUGAUUACUACAAGUUUUGAUAGCUAGCUAGACUAACUAGACUCAUUUACCAAUCUAAAAAAUGAUCACUGACAUGGGCUAAUUGAGUGACUGUCACUGUGUUUACAAAACAUUAAGAACAAUUUCCUAAUAUUGAGUUGCACCCCCUUUUGCCCUCAGAACAGCCUCAAUUCGUUGGGAAGCCUACAAGGAGUCGAAAGCGUUCCACAGGGAUGCUGGCCCAUGUUGACUCCAAUGCUUCCCACAGUUGUGUCAAGUUGGCUGGAUGUCCUUUGGGUUGUGGACCAUUAUUGAUACAUACGGCAAACUGUUGAGUGUGAAAAACCCAGCAGCGUUACAGUUCUUGACACACUUAUACCGGUGCGCCUGGCACCUACUACCGUACCCCGUUCAUAGGCACUUAAAUCUUUUGUCUUGCCCAUUCACCCUAAUACACAAUCCAUGUCUCAAUUGUCUCAAGGCUUAAAAAUCAUCUACACUGAUUGAAGUGUAUUUAACAAGUGACAUCAAUAAGGAAUCAUAGCUUUCACCUGGAUUCACCUUGUCAGUCUGUCAUGGAAAGAGCAUGUUUUGUACACUCAGUGUAUAUACAGUACUGUCAUUAUAAAGAUAACAGUUGUCUAUAGUUUCCUCAAAGUGCAGUGCAUGCAUAAUUUAGUGCACCAGGAUGUCAUGCUAACCACAUGAUCCAUCUGUCUACCCUUGUACUGCAGGUAAACAUGCGGAGGACAUCUUUGGGGAGCUGUUCAAUGAGGCCAACACGUUCUACCUGAGAGCCAACUCCCUGCAGGACCGCAUCGACCGCCUGGCCGUCAAGGUCACCCAGCUGGACUCCACCGUGGAGGAAGGUGAGACGGAUUAGAGGUCACAGGAAAUAGGAAGUGACAUCAUUACUCGUUGGCAUAGUGAUGUGAGGUCCAGUCAGUUGUAAAAGUGCUGAAACUGAGGCUUUAUAAAUUAUUCUCUCACACCCUGUCUGUUUCCCUCUCUUUUCUCCCACAUCUCCCCAACCCUCUUUCUCUUUGUCCUUCUCUUUCUGUGUCCUCUCUCUCUCUCCCUCUUUCUCUCUCUGUUUGUCCUCUUUCUCUGUCCUCAGUCUCUCUGCAGGACAUCAACAUGAAGAAGGCGUUUAAGAGCAGUACCGCCCAGGACCAGCAGGUGGUGUCCACGAGGAGCAUUCCCAUCCCUGUCAAGGAGAUGUACAACCUGAGUAACAAACCUCCACCUCUCAACAUCCUCUCCAAAUAUAGGUGGGUUCUCUCCCCCUCCCUUUCUAUGACCUGUCCAACUUCAUCUACGCAGGGCAGUCUAAACCCAGAGUCAAAUACCUCACCUGAUCUUGUUUUGUAGUCUCAUAAUGGAAUGUUGUGGACGUCAUUUCCCACAAACCCUGACCCGUGUUUACCCUUUGACCCUGUAGGGACGAUCACAAGGAGGGGCUGAAGUUCUACACUGACCCCUCCUACUUCUUCGACCUGUGGAGAGAGAAGAUGCUGCAGGACACGGAGGACAAGAGGAAAGAGAAGAGGAAGAACAAAGUAAAAUCCCUAUUUUAUUUUCUUUCUUUGUAUCUCUCCCUCCUUCUCUUUCUCUUCCUCCCUUUCUCCACUAAUAUGUCUCUCCUCACAGGAGCAGAAGCGUUGUGUGGACGGGACGUUGCAGAGGGAGGUGAAGAAGGUGCGUAAGGCUCGGAACCGUCGUCAGGAGUGGAAUAUGUUGUCCCUGGAUAAGGAGCUGAGGCCCGACCACCGCCACACACACUCCCUCCACCAGGGGUUCACCUGCGAGGGAUCACUGUCCCCUGAGAUGAGGCCAGUCCAAAUACACACACAAAGUUACAUACAUACUGUAUGAUGAGAUGAGGUCAAUGAAAAGUUUACAUAAAACAAAGAUGCAUUUAUAAGAUAACAUAUCAAAUGUAAAAAAGUAUGGAAUAAUUACCUGUCUGUAUAAUACUUUUCUGUAUAGAUGAUUAUUACUCACAUGGAAAUAAGGGGUUUCCCCCAGUGGAAAUAAGGGGUUUCCCCCAGUACUAGGAUAAUUUAGUCUCUGUCAGCUGACACCUGACAGUCCUCUUCCUCCCCCUGCUGGCCAUUCUGUAAAAUGUUCUCUUUCCAUCUCCCUCCCUUACUCUCUCUCCUAGGGGUCUUGGGCCUGACCACCACCAACGCCACUACCCUAACUCAACCAAUCAUGCUGGUCACGCCCACACGUACUCCGGCCCACCCCCCAGUCUCCUGGCUGCUCAGCUGGCUGCUCAGGGAAACGUCACUCUGGAUCAUGUCUACAGGGGAGGGACCCUGGGUCGCUCCCACAAUGCGCCACCCUCUCUCCCUCCCAUUGAGAACAUGAAUGGAUCCAUGUCUCUACCACCUGUGGACUACAGGUCAGCAAGUGCACAUAAAUAAACACGCUGGCAGACAGAUUGAUGCAUAAAUGCACAAUCAAAUGAACAUUUAACAUUCAUUCACAUGUGCACAGGGACAUCAAACAAACCCAUGUACGCUCUGUUGUUGGGGCUCUGGCCCGGCUCCAGGGUUUGAUGUGUUUAAUCUGCUAUUGGUUUGGGUUAGAGUUAGGGUUAGCUGAUCUGAUGAUCAACAACAGGCUUUAUUCUCUCUGGAACUAAGCGUUUGGCUCUGUAAUGUACUGUCAUCCCAUACAAACCAAGUAGUGCCCUGGUACACUCAAAACCCAAGCGUUGUCCUCUGCCUUCUCUUAACAUUGUUCGUCUGUGACCUGUCUAAAUCUGGAAAUAAUUCCAUCCUGUUGGUCUUUCUUCUUGAACUUGUCAGAGGAUGUUUGUACGGUAGGAUUAUCAUGGCUAUAUGUGAGAUGUUUUUGUGGAGAGGCCAAUAAACAUAUAAUACUUUUUAUUUCUGAAAUGGUUACGAUGAUGUGAUUGAUGAUUAAUAUAAUGCCUCAUGCUCGCCCUCCAUAUGUCCCUUCUCUCUCAGUGUGAUGGGGGGACAUGGAAACGGAUCCCCUCCUCCUGCUCCUCUCAUGCCAUCUGCACAAUCUGCCUUUGCCACGCCCCCCGGAGGCCCACUUCCUCCUCCAGGACUAAUGGGAUCAGCUGGUGUCUAUGCCCCGCCCCCACUGCCACUCGCUGGGUCGCUGGUGGCUCCAACCCCCCCGAUGCCUCCGCCCCCCCCUCCAGGCUCCUCCUACUCUACCACUCCCAAGAUGUCCUCCGUGCCCCACAACACCCAGCCUGUUAAUGAUGCUCGUAGUGAUUUGCUGGCGGCCAUACGCAUGGGUAAGAGUGCGUAUCUGUAUCUAACCCACCUGUCUCUGUGGCAGAGGUAUUCAGUGUGUGUGUGUCUGUCUGGCAAGUUUGUUUUGCAUUACCUGGUGCCCCAGGGAGGUGGAGAUUUCUCUUUAGGACCAAUGGAAUGGUCUAAAAUGGCUGUAGGUAUCCAGUUGAAGUGUGUCUGUGUCUGUCUCUUCCUGGCUGUAGGUAUCCAGUUGAAGAGUGUCUGUGUCUAACUGUCUCUUCCUGGCUGUAGGUAUCCAGUUGAAGAGUGUCUAACUGUCUCUUCCAGGCUGUAGGUAUCCAGUUGAAGAGUGUCUUAACUGUCUCUUCCUGGCUGUAGGUAUCCAGUUGAAGAGUGUCUAACUGUCUCUUCCUGGCUGUAGGUAUCCAGUUGAAGAGUGUCUAACUGUCUCUUCCUGGCUGUAGGUAUCCAGUUGAAGAGUGUCUAACUGUCUCUUCCUGGCUGUAGGUAUCCAGUUGAAGAGUGUCUAACUGUCUCUUCCUGGCUGUAGGUAUCCAGUUGAAGAGUGUCUUAACUGUCUCUUCCUGGCUGUAGGUAUCCAGUUGAAGAGUGUCUUAACUGUCUCUUCCUGGCUGUAGGUAUCCAGUUGAAGAGUGUCUAACUGUCUCUUCCUGGCUGUAGGUAUCCAGUUGAAGUGUGUCUAACUGUCUCUUCCUGGCUGUAGGUAUCCAGUUGAAGUGUGUCUAACUGUCUCUUCCUGGCUGUAGGUAUCCAGUUGAAGUGUGUCUGUGUCUAACUGUCUCUUCCUGGCUGUAGGUAUCCAGUUGAAGUGUGUCUUAACUGUCUCUUCCUGGCUGUAGGUAUCCAGUUGAAGAGUGUCUAACUGUCUCUUCCUGGCUGUAGGUAUCCAGUUGAAGAAGGGUCAGGAGCAGCAGGAGCAGCAGGCUAAGCGGGAGCCUGUAGGGAACGACGUGGCCACCAUCCUGUCCAGACGCAUCGCCGUCGAAUAUUCAGACUCCGAGGAUGACUCAGAGCUGGAGGAGAACGACUGGUCCGACUAACAUACACACACACACAUCACUCUCUCACUCACUCAC